AUGUCCGCUCGACUCCGCGCGGUGAGCGAGCCGCCGCCCCCCAGGCUCCAGCCCCCGCAGAUCUCACUAUGCCUCCUCAUCAAGCUCUUCGCCCUCGGCGGAUCGAUCGAUACCACCCCCGCCUUCCCGGAGCCCUUCUGCGGCGCCACGGCCCGCCAGCUGGCCUUGUUCCUGCUGCGGGAGAUCAAGGGCAGGGAGGACGUGCACCACCCGCCGCUGAGCGAGCUGCUGUCCAGGCUUGGCCGGUCCGUGGAGCCCGGCGGGGAGGCCGCGGCGGGAUGGCUGGUGGCGGAGCUGCGGGCGCUGUCGCAGGGGGAUGGCAUCACAUCUCCACACAAUGUCACACAGCUGAUGGACAGCCUGUCUGACCUCCUGAAAAAAAAUCCACGCCCAACGUACAACCAGAAAGAUGACAGUAUCCAUGGAGUUGACAGCAACAGCACGUUGGGAACAUACCUGCGCCAGUGCAGGGUCACCUUUCAGGAGAUGAACUUUGAGGCCACCUCCCGCCUGGCUACGGAAAUCUGUGGCUAUUUCCAGGAAGUCGCCUCUGACACAUUCGCCUCCCCAUCCACCGCCAUGGGCGAUGAGACGCAGAUGACCACUUUGCCCGGCCCUUGCCCCCGAGAGUCUGUCGUGCUGGAGCGGAUCAUCAACGACGAUGCUGCGAGGGUGGCAAAGGGGGUGAGCCUUGGGGAGCCUGCGGCAAUGGAGAAGAGGAUGGUGUACUUGGAGAGCCAGGUGGCCAAGAUGCCGAAGGUCCUGUAUGUGCGGCACCUGAGCGCAGUGCAGCGGGGGGACUACUUCCUUGCACUGGAGAAUUUGCUGAGGUAUUUUGACUAUAGUGGCACCCAGGACUGGCAAGGGGAGUUGGAUCGCAGGGAGGAUCAGCAGAGGGAGGCAUAUGUCAUCAGCCAUAUGCUGCAAGGAAGGUUCAUGAAUGCGCUGCUCUGCAUGAGUUCUGCCCAGGGAACCUUUGGCCACAUUCAGGAGGCCCUGAACUCGUUGAGUGAGACUGUGCGCAUUGCACAACGCCUGUCAAAUGCCACGUGCGUGGUGCAUUCGCUGGCAGCCCUGUGCCGCAUCCUGCUGCGGGCCACACCCUGGGCGAUUUCUAAUGCAGAGAACGCACCAUUUGCCAUCACAGGCAGCCCGAAGGAGACCCUGUUUCUAUUGAGGCGAUGCCUCAAGCGAGCCAUUAAACUGCGUAUGCCACACCUUGUGGCAUACUGCAGACUUGCUCUGGGAAGGUUUGCUCUGCAGUACAGUGUGCAUGUCCCUGACCUCUAUCGCUACCGCCUUACCUCAGGACCAGUUUCUCCAUGGGCAACGACUGCACGAUCACACAUCGAGGUGAUGAUGGCGGUCGCUGAUGUCAUGCGGCUCAAUCGCCAUGUGUCUCUUGCCUCUGUCGUUUCAAGAGGCGGUGUCGGCCAUACUGGUGCACAUCCACGCUUCCCCAAUGGAGUUGGGACAGACAUCUUCUCCUCAUCCCUUGGGGUCUUUGGUGCAUACACCAAGGAUGCCAAAAUGGCCACGGCUGCUGCGACAAGCCAGUUGGCAGGCGGUGGACACUUGCUGCGCUCAGCAGCAUGGAAGAUGUUUGGCAGCAUGCAGAGUGCAGGGAUGCAUGCCCUCCUGUACAUGUGCUGCUAUAGCCAUGCGGGUUCAUCGGAUGAUAUCGCUGUGGCACUAGCACAGCUAGGACUGAUGACCGCAGCGCAAAAAGGCUUUACAGAGGCAAAGAGCAUGAUGAACUUCGUUGAGAGGAUUUUCUGCUACCAGUCCAAGAAGCCUCUGGAGAUCGCCAGACUGACUCUGUCUAUACAGCGGGCCAUCAACAGGGAAGACACUCGUGCAGUCUACCUCGCUGCAGAAAUGUGGGCAAUGGCAGAGCCCUCAGGUGCUGUUGAUCUGGAUGUCCAAGUGGAGGCAGAGAAGUGGGGCAUAAAGGCGUUGGCUGCAGCUGGCCGGCUGGAAGAGGCAGAGAAGAGUGCAGUGAAGCUGUUUGAGCUGUGUGCCAAAUCCGGCAUGCACUGCGAAGCAGCAUCAAUACUAUUGUUGGUUGCAAAAAUUCAUGACCAGGCUGAGAAUCCGGUGGGUGCCAUGCCGUACAUCCUGAGCUGCCUGCAGCACUGUGAAGACCUUCAUCUUGACCUGCUAGCUUCCGAGGCCACCGUGCUGCUGGCGAAGACGUGGGUGGGACUGAACCCUGCUCACGCACCUCAUGCUGUGCAGCUCAUUCAUGGCGUCCUGCCUCUCAUCCUAGCUCAUGGCAGCAUCAUGCUUCAGGGCGAGGCGCAGCUCAUGCUCGCGGACUGCAUGCUGUGCGUCACCAAGACGGCCGACGAAGUCGCAGCCCUGGGCUUUAGGGUCCUGGAGCCCCUCCAGAACGCCGCACAGGCCUUUGGCCUGCUGGAGGCAUGGGGCAAGGCGCAGGAGGCGUACCACUUCCUGGCCCUUGUGCUGGACGCCAUGGGGUACGUGGAGCAGCGCAACAAGGCGGCAUUCAUGUGGAGCGCCAUCGAGGGCCACGGGGAGAUUCCGGAGCACGCUAGGGAACGUGUGGUGGCAGAUACGAGCACCGUCAGGCAGAUCGACUUCGAUUCGAUUUGA